AUGAUAUGGCCUGCACAAUCUCCUGACCUUAACCCCUUAGAACAUCUCUGGGUUCAUCUCAAAAGAAGGCUUGCAGAGUAUGAGCACCCUCCUAAGGGAAUGGAGGAGUUAUGGAGAAGGAUUGAGGAAGAAUGGAAUAAGAUAUUAGCAGAGUCCCAGAGCGCCGCCGCGACUGGGGGUCAUUUUUUCAAUGAGCGCCCAUUCGAGAGGCAUGGGGGUGGAAGUGGCAGUCUGGCGGAUUUCGACCUUCAUGCCAUGUGGGUGACAGUCUCAGACAGUCAGAAAGGGAGUCAGUCCGAGAAGGGCCAAGGGGAAGAUGGACAGCCCCCCCCCCCAUGGGCAGCCGUCCUGGAAGGCCGCAAGCUGGUGUUUCCUCCCCUGGAGCAUGGGGGAACCAAAAUCUGA